AUAUGCGUGUACGUAUAAUACAACAAUAGGAAGAACAACAAUAACAAUAAGUCUGCGUUGGAUACCGAAAUGUAUCUUAACUGAACAGGACAAUUUUCGAGAUACGUAUAUGUGUGUGUGUGUGCGUCUAUGUGUCUAUGCGGGAUGAUUCUGUGAAACCAAAGAAAAAAAAAAACAAAAAUAAUAAUACUGUGAUAUCAUCGAUGGGAAUUAACAAUGGCGAAGAAUAUACACCGAUAAAGACAAUCUCUGAAUAAUGGUGAGAAAGGAGAAAGAGGAAGAAGAAAAGAUGGUGAUGAAAAAAAAGUCAAGUGUAAUUGUAGUUGUGCUGUGAAAAAGUGAUAGAUUAAAAUUAUUAAUAUUAUUAUUAUUAUUAUUAGUAGUAGUAGUGGUAGUAUUAUUAUCAUCAUCAUCAUUAUUAUUAUUAUUAUCAUGUUCACCAUGAUAGAACAACGAGAUAGCGAUAGAUCGCUGUCGGGAUGUUCCCAACAAACUCAACAUCAUUGUUAUCAAGUGAUUAGAACAACAAGAGUACAUCAAAGCUCACGAAGUUCCAGGAUGGUCAGCGUACAGGAAAAAGUUAUCAGAUCGCGACUGCAGUUAGGCUACUCUACGCCCACGUCCUUCAUUAAUCGUUUUCCGCAAAAAAUGGAAAGGCCGUCGUCGCAUAGCUCGAACGUUAAUCAAAUGCACGGAGGUGCCAAUAUACAUGGCAUUUAUUCGUCUGGAAGUCAGACCAGUCUUUCAACGUCCUAUGUUACUGGGCAAUCUUAUAUGCAGGGACAAAAUUACGUACACGGUGCAUACUCAUCACCAAACGUACAUACAGGCUAUCCGCAUACGAGUUACUCUCAACCACAAAGUUAUGGUACCAUGGUACAGGGAUAUGGUGGACAACCCCAAAUGGGUUAUCAACAGAAUCAUCUUAAAAAGGGAACCGUACGAAACGGCGACGUCUUGAAGAGAUGCAGACUUCAAACUGCGUACGAACUAUCUCAGGACCUUCUUGAUAAGCAAAUCGAGAUGCUCGAACGAAAAUAUGGCGGUGUUAAGGCAAGGAAUGCCGCAUUGACGAUACAACGUGCGUUUAGGAGGUAUACGCUGUUGAAAAAAUUCGCUGCGAUAACGGCAAUGGCUAAGGCGGAGAAAAGAUUGAGCAGAAAAUUACAAGAUCCUGUUGAUCGUCCAGUUAACGCCAAUGAUCACGAAAGGAUGGCCUAUCACAGUCAAAUAUAUAUACAACAGAGUCAAACGGCUAAUAGACCAAUGCCUAUAAGGAGUAUGUCGCUUAGGGAGAGGAGACACGUCGAUAAUUCUCAAUCGCCAAUACCAAGAAGUCAAAGUGGCAGGUGUGAGAUUCAAAUAGGUGGUGGUGGUGGUGGAGGACAUCAACACGUUAAUCAUAGCUUGCAUCAAAGUGGUAGGCAUACACCAUCUUUGGCACCUAGCCCGUGCAACAGACAUCAGCCUUUACCUCCUAGCCCUUGCUGGGAAUCGAGUUCUCAAGAGAGUGGCUCCAGCAUCCAUUACUACAAUCCACAGGAUACCUUGUGUGGUCUUAGACAAGAUACACCCCCUAGAGAUUUACUUCGAACGCCAUGCACUUCUCCGUCUGGCCCACACAAUCUUCAGACCCCGAUAUCGCAGAACUGGAACAACACGAGCCAACUUAGCUCUACCGGUAGAUCCAGGGGUGGUUCCGGUAAGAAAGUACCACCGGAAGUUCCAAAAAGAACGUCUUCCAUCACGUCGAGAUCAAUGGAACCGCGUCACAAUGGUCUGAGCAAAAGCGUAGAAAACGGUAGCCUGAGCUCCGUCCAAAGUUCCGGUAGCGACUCCACCAACUGUGAGAGUUCCGAGGGUGACGCUCAGAGAGGGUCACCAGUAUGGAAACACAAAGGAAUCUCAAGUUCACCGGAGCAUCAAGAUUGUGCAACACAUAAUACGGACACUGGAACGAUAAUAAAUAGCGUGAAGGAUCUUGGACAUUCCCAUGCUAGUUCCAGUUAUCAAUUACCAUUAAUGGAUCAUGCCGAUUCAAUGCCCCAAACAAGUUAUAAAGUAUCCGAGACAGUGAGGAAACGUCAAUAUAGGGUUGGAUUAAAUUUAUUCAAUAAAAAGCCAGAAAGAGGAAUAAGUUAUUUAAUAAGACGUGGAUUCCUUGAGAACAGUCCGCAAGGAGUUGCGAGGUUUUUAAUUAGUAGAAAGGGAUUAUCUAAACAAAUGAUCGGGGAAUAUCUUGGAAAUUUACAAAAUACGUUUAACAUGGCGGUACUCGAAUGCUUCUCGCAUGAAUUAGAUUUAUCGGGGAUGCAGGUCGACGUUGCACUGCGAAAAUUUCAAGCGUACUUCAGAAUGCCAGGGGAGGCACAAAAGAUCGAACGUUUGAUGGAAGUAUUCAGUCAACGUUAUUGCCAAUGUAAUCCCGACGUUGUCUCGAGAUUACGUUCGGCCGACACAGUAUUCGUAUUGGCAUUUGCUAUAAUCAUGCUAAAUACAGAUUUACAUACGCCAAAUUUAAAACCAGAACGUAGAAUGAGACUCGAUGAUUUCGUUAAGAAUCUCAGGGGUAUUGAUGAUUGCGGUGACAUCGAUAAGGAUAUACUCGUUGGUAUUUAUGAAAGAGUCAAGGACAACGAAUUUAAACCUGGCUCCGAUCAUGUGUCCCAAGUUAUGAAGGUUCAAGCUACGAUAGUUGGGAAAAAACCAAAUAUGGCAUUGCCGCAUAGAAGAUUGGUCUGUUACUGUAGAUUAUACGAGAUACCGGAUAUACACAAAAAGGAAAGGCCAGGGGUCCAUCAAAGGGAGGUCUUUCUUUUUAACGAUUUACUCGUUGUUACGAAAAUUUUGAGCAAGAAAAAAAACAGCGUAACUUAUACGUUCAGACAAAGUUUUCCACUUUGCGGAAUGGUCGUGACAUUAUUCGAGGUUCCUCAUUAUCCAUAUGGGAUAAGAUUGUCUCAACGGGUUGACGGCAAGGUCCUAGUCACAUUCAACGCAAGGAACGAACACGAUAGAUGUAAAUUUGUUGAAGAUCUUCGUGAGUCGAUAAGUGAAAUGGACGAAAUGGAAACAUUAAGGAUCGAAACGGAAUUGGAACGACAAAAGAGUAGUAGAGGUGCUAGAGGGGGUGCAGAAAAUAGAGAUUCUGGUGUGGCCGACGUUGAAGUUUGUCCUUGUCCGGGACCAUGUUCAGAAAGAUCAGAAACAGUCGACAUGGAUACACAAUUGAAACGUUCCGCUCUGAGUAACUCGUUACUAGAUAUACACGAACAAUUCGCUGGUGAGAAACCGCAACGCCGUGGGAGCGUUGGCUCACUAGAUAGCGGUAUGUCAAUUUCAUUUCAAUCUACUUCUGCGAGCUCUAUGAGCCAAGGUAUCAAACAUCCUGGACAACAAGUACAUCCUGUUCAUCCAGGUGCCACGAUUCCUGGUGGUAGCAAAGGUCUCACUCAACAGCCAUCUUUUUUAGGCGGGCUCUUUGCUAAACGCGAACGAAAGCUAUCCCAAUCGGAUGAUUCAACACCUUAUAGCCGUACUACGGAAGUAUAAUGUAUCCUUCCAAUAGUAUACAUAUAGUAAGAUUACAAAAUGGAAAAUAAUAAUAACAACAACAACAAUAACAACAAUAACAACAAAAAAAAAGAAACCAUAUUAGGUUUUAUUUUAGUACGCUUUGUGAAAAUACCUGAUUGUCAUCUGGGAUUAUUAAAAAUUACGAUUAUUAAAAAAUAUUAUGAUCGAACGAAGAAGAAAACAAAAAAAAAAAGAAAGAAAGAAAGAAAAACAAAACAAAAAAAAGAAAGAAAGAAAAAAUUGAGAAAAAAAUCAGCGUGAACAUAUAGUUUCGAAUCGAAGAUACAAAAAAAUCAUUAUCUUUAUGUCAUAUGCCCGUUACAACAAUAAUCAUUGUCUCUCAUCAUCGUUAUUCCAUUUAUUACAAAUUUUAAUUAAUUUAAGUUAAUUCUAAUCGGUUUUUUUAAAAAUGAUCAUAUUUUCUAUGUAAUAUAAUAUUAUAAUUGGAAAAAAAAAUUGGAACACUUUACAAUUGUAUAAUCAUGCGAGUACAUUUUAUAUUAUUGUAUCGUUAUACCUUAUAAUUAUGUAUUUUGUAUUAAUUGAAUUUCUCUAACUCCGUAGUAACAAUGUCUUAAAAAGUUAAAAUCGAUUUGUGAGGAUUUAAGAUGCCGAAAGUUCCUGUAUGGACCAAAAGUUUUGUAGAUGAUUUUAUUUAGAUCGAUUAUUCCUACUAAUGAGAUCUUUCAGAUUAAUCUCUUUUCUUCUUCUUCUUCUUCUUCUUCUUCUUCUUCUUUUUUUCUUCUUUUUCUUUUUUCCUUUGUCCGAGAUUAUAAAACUAUCGAGCGUAUCUUACACGAUUCGAGCCCGUAUAUAUUAUACAUAUAUAACAGUCUCUAAAAAGAGUAACACUGAUAUUUACAAAAAAAAAAAAAAAUCACUUAGACACUUUUUUUGGAAAUCUGCCCGGGAACUUUCGUAUUCGUAAACCCUUUGCAUUUGGGAAAAUGUUAGGAAGACAAAGAAGAAAAAAAAAAUUGAAACAAAAAAAAAAAAGAAAAAAAGAAAAACAUACGAAGGAUCGUAAUUAAAAAGAAUUUUAUUUAAAGCUACGACACUGUUGUUGUAUAUCGCGAAGCGCACUAAAAAAGAAAAAAGAAUUGACAGACAGUAGGAAUAUACCCCUUAAAAUAACUUAUGAGAAAAACAUGUCGGUAUAUAAAUUUAUUGGAUUGGGCAGGAUCCCCAAUCGUCGUGAUCGCUUGGACGUUCUCUGACAAAAAAAAAAAGAAAGAAAAUUUUUAAAAACAGAUUUUCCUCUAUCGAAAAUAUGUGUAUAGUAUUUAUUUGCCCUAAUGUCUAACGCGCAGGAGGAGCCUCUCCCUUUUCAUAUACUAUAUUUAUAACAUAAGGAAAGGAUGAUUUGUUUGUUUGUUUGUAUGUGUGUGUGUGUGUGUGUGUGUGCGUAUAAGUAAAUGAGCGAGUGUAUACAUGAACGAUCCAUUUGUAUUUGUAUUGUAGAUAAUUAUUACAUUAUUGUGGCACGUAUAUAUUCAUCAUAAUUAAUUUGAAAAAAAGGAUUUGUUUGAUAAAGAAAUGAAAUAAAUUCGAUUUGUAAAAGGAA